CAACAUUAAUUUAUAUAGGAAUAAAUAAAUUUUGAAAAACUUUAGGUGUUGAAACUUGAGACUAUACUUUAUUCAAAAGGGUUUUUAAUUUCAAGUCCAUCUCAAGUUUCACCCUUUUCAACUCCUUAAGAUGGAACAUGAUCAGCAAGACAAGCCAUCAUCCUUCUUCACUAUCAUCAAAGAUCAAAACACCAACCGCAUGAAAGUACCACAGAAAAUUGUUAUGUGUUUAGAUGAAGGGUUGUGGAGAAAAGCAUUUAUUUUUUUAAUAGGCCCUUGUGGUGAGAAAUGGAAAGUGAGUAUUUUGAAGGAAGGAAAUGAGUUAUAUAUGCAAAAUGGUUGGAAAAAGUUUAUGAAAGAUAACUCAGUGGUGCAUGAUGAGUUCUUGCUUUUCACAUAUGGAGAAAAGAGAUUUCAGGUGCAAAUUUUUGGGAAGAAUGGAAUUGAGAGACCAUGUGUCAAGAAAGAACAAGUACAAGAAGAACAAAAAGUUGCACCAAUUGUGGCCAAGAAAAAGAGGGGUAGACCAAGAAAAAUUCAUAUUCCUGCNNNUAGGCCUGGGCCCAAGUGAAGCCCUAAAGAAGGGCUUUAUGCCUCACCAAAAAUUGUUUAUUUACUUUACAUUUGGGUCAUUAUGUAUGGACUUGUACUUUUAUGUUUAACUUAAAUCAUUUUGUAUGGGCUUGCAA